CUUAACCGUAGACGGAGGUUGACUUCGACCGGCGCGGACUGCAGACGGAAACCGCAGAUGACGACCGACGGCGGCGGUUGAAAACGGAGAUCAGACGCCCAAUUGCGGGCCGAUACAACGCCCAAACUGCCGCGACCAAGAGGAGCAGCAGCAGCAGCAACAGCAACGACGAUGACGGCGACGACAACUAUUGAGCGGCAGGACCGCAGGACGGACUACAGCCGCACGAGCAGUGCACACACACACACACACACACACACACAAUGUCUCAAUGGCGAUUGGCGGCUGAGGCGCAGAGCUGAGCCGGCUACAUCGAAAACGACGGUACAAACACUACGACAGACGCAAAUCAGCGGGACAUCUCGUCUGUGCGCAUGCGGCACGGCAGGAUUGAACGCGAAAUGCGCACCCGACGUCCGCCGGCACAGUAAACGCUUACAGUGUUCAAACCUGGAAUCAGUGUGGACGGCUGUGAGCGGCGUCCGCAUCGUUACAUUUUGUACGUUUGUUUACGCCUGUCCGCAGUGUGUGUCGUGGUACCAACGACCGCGGUAAAAAUAUUGAAAGCGUUUUUUGAUCGUCUUGGUUGUCGUCACUGCUGUAGUUGUUGUUGUGGUUGUUGUUGUUGUUGUUGUUGUUGUUGUUGUUGGCUGGCCAAAACUUAAUAAUAUUGUAAGUGAUAACAGCUGUAGCGCUGAUAAGUGAUAAGGAGAACCGGUGCUACGCAAAAAUUACCGUCUAUAAUAAGUGUUAAUUACGUGAAAAAAAUAAAAGUCGAAAAAUUAAUAUGCCAUAAAAUGAAACCCGCACACCAGUCAGUGGUUACCCGUUUUGAACGCAAACUUAAAUCAAAAAACUCUGUCCUCAUUCCGUCUCGAUGUCCGCCUUACACUGUUCUGAACUACCUACUCCCAACGCUCAACUAAAAUGCCGCUCCCGGGUAAAUGAAACCGUACUACUGUCUUAAUGUGUGAUUCCUUCACUGCUUGACGAAAUCGCGAUAUCGAAAAAUCAGAUGAUUUUCAUUAUCGUUCUUACAUAGGUACUCGAAAUUCGGUUGAAAUUAUUCGUACACCGUAGACGAGUGUUUUGGCCGGAGAACGUAAGCAUAAUAAUAAUACACUGUUGAAACCGCAACCUCUGAAAUAAUUUGAUUUCCUCGAUAGGUAGGUAACUUUUCCACAGUAUUUUGUUCAAACGUUGCCGAUUAAAUGUGUCAAAAUAUCAAACCCUACCAGUUGAUAAUAAUAAUCAAAAAAAAAGUACAUACUUACAUUUUUUUUUUAUUGGUCUACAGUGAAACCUGUCUUAUCCGAACCCUUUUCUGUGCCAAAAUUUAUUAUGGUCCUGGCAGAUUUCUAUAAUUUAACAUAGGAUUAAACCCUUGAUAAAACGGAACCUGUUUAACGUAAAACGGAAGGCUAUUUAUUGGUCCUGCAAAUCAUAUACACCGAAAAACACAGCAUAAAAUGAACAAAAAUAUUUUUGAUACCCACAUUUAUUUUGCUACUAAACAAUUAUUAAGGUCAAUGAUUCAUACGUAUCGACAGAUAAGUACAUUUUAUCUUGAAUCUACACAUCAGUGCUUAUUAUUGUCACCGUAGUCGUAGUUUACCUGUCUUUUGUAUCGUAUAUUUUGUCCUCACCAUGUCUUCAAAGAUUUGUUUAAUUUUAAAUGAAAAAAUGAAAGUUAUAGAAGAAAGUUAAAAAGGAAAUAGCGUUAAAUCAUUAAUGAAUAUUUUUAAAUGCGGGAAAACGCAAAUUUAUAACAUAAUUAAAAACAAAAUUAAAGUUAAAGAAGAGUGGUUAAAAGGAAAUGGGAAAAGCAAACGAAGUUUAAAGAAAAAUGUCAAUGAUGAAAUUAACAAAGCAGUUUGGGAUUGGUUUGUUAAAGCUAGAUCUAAGAACAUUCCAAUUAGUGGUCCAAUGAUUCAACAAAAAUCCAAGGACAUCGCUGUUAAAUUGGGGAACACCAAUUUCAAAGGAUCCAACAGAUAGUUGGAAUGUUUUAGAAAAAAA